UGAAGCUCCGCCCCUUUCUGCUUUGAAAACUUAUCAAAAUGGCGGCGUUCGGUACGGACCGCUGGCUCAAUAGUUUGGCAAACCACGAUAUUUUCAAGAAAAUACGCGACGGGUUGGACUCGGAGCCCAAAACUUCAGAGCGAGCGCUCGCUAAGAACCUCACCUUUUGUUUGGGGGCCGAUUUUUUCUUAUGGGAUGACGUGGAGCGCGUCUUUUACACGACCAACCUACGCCAGUUGAACGUCGCGGAGGAGCACGGCGAGAGCUUCCAGACGCUGCUGUGCCUCAACCCGCCUCGCUUCCCUGUGUGCCAACUUCUCCUUAGCCCCACGCAUGGCCACGUUGCGCUGGUGGGCCAGCGUGGCGCCACGGUGCUGGAGCUCCCGCAGCGGUGGGGCAAGAGGUCAGAGUUCGAGGGCGGAAGCAGCCGCGUCAACUGCAGGACUACCCCGGUGGCCGAACGCUUCUUUACCAGCUCGCCGUCAGUGAGUCUGCGCCAGGCGGCCUGGUACCCGAGCGAGACCGGGGAACCGAUGCUAGUGCUCCUGACGUCCGACAACACCAUCCGCUUUUAUGGCUUGCGGGCCCCCCUGGCCCCUGUCAAAGUGGUGCAAGUGUCUGAUGACGACGGUGGCAACGUUUGCGCAACUGCCCGCUCCUACGCGGCCUCGCUGGGGGAGAUCGCCGUGGCCUUUGAUUUUGGCCCGGUGACCCAUGUCAGGGAGAGGCCCGUAUACCCACUCUACAUCCUCUACGAGAACGGCGAGACGUACCUGUGCCACACCAGCCAGACGAAUAGGGUGAGCGUGAGCAAGCGCGUUGGUCCCCUGCCCAUGUACCCGGCAGCCGAGGACAACUACGGCUACGACGCCUGCGCAAUCCUCUGCCUGCCAUGCGUGCCCAGCAUCCUGGUCAUCGCCACGGAGACGGGCAAGGUCUACCACUGUGUGGUGCUGGAGUCUGAGGACGAGGAUGACACGGCGCCCAGAUGGAUAGCAGGCGGGGUGCCAGCCCUCUACGUAUUUGAGUGCGUGGAGCUGGAGCUCACCCUGAGGGUGGCACCGGGUGACGAUGCUGAGGAAGAGUCUGACUUUUCCUGCCCCAUCCGACUACACCGGGACCCGCUGUGCCCGCGGCGCUACCACUGCACCCACGAGGCGGGCGUGCACAGCGUGGGCCUCAUCUGGCUGGACAAGCUGCAGACGUUCCUGCACACGGGCGACGACGACAAGGACGGCCUGCCCGAGCUGGCAGCCGAGCGCCGUUGCGCCGUGGAGCACAUCGUGUGCACGCGGCCCCUGGCCAGCAGCCGCCCGGCGCCGGUGCAGGGCUUCCUCAUCGUGGCGGACCUGGCACUGGGCGCCACCAUGAUCUGCGUCAGCGCCUCCUACGAGUGCAUCCUGCUGCCGUUGCUGAGCUCUGUACGGGCACCUUCGCCUCCGCUGCUGUGCACGCAGUCCAACCCGGGCUCGGGCAGCUCGCCCCUGCGCGGCCUGGCGGGGAGCUCCUUUGAGCAGCAUGUCCGCAACAUCCUGGCGAGGGGCUCCGCCAACCCACUACUGCUCAAGGCCGGCGAUGGGGAGCCGUCACCUCAGGAACGCCUUCAACUCCUGAGCCGAGCCACGCAGGUGUUCCGUGAGGAGUACAUCCUAAAGCAGGACAUGGCGCGCGAGGAGCUCCAGAAGCGCGUCAAGCUGCUGCGAGGGCAGCGGGCCAAGCAGCUGGAGGAGAUGGCCCAGUGCCGAGAGGAGCGCCGGAGCCUGCGCGAGACAGCCGAGCGGCUGGCUGACAAAUACGAGGACGCCAAGUACCGGCAAGAGGCCUUGGCCGAGCGCGUCAAGCGCAUGCUGGCCGGCCAGCAGAGCCGCCUGCCCAUCCUGUCCAACAGCGAGAAGGACAUGCGCAAGGAGCUGCAGGCCAUGAGCGAGCAACUGCGCCACCUGGACAUCUGCAUCAAGCAGGUGAAGAUGAAGAUGGAGUACCAGAAGACACAGGUGGACAAGGACGCGCCCUUGGCUGCUGGUGAAGCCCCCGGGCGGGCCUCCAUCUUGCUGAGUGGCCCACAGAAGAAGGUGGUGCAGGACGUGCUUCGAGAAGAAGGCCAGCAGAUCGUGGACAUGAUGAAGAGAGUCAAGGAGAUGUCCUGCCUCAUCGCCAUGAGAAGCUCCGACUUGUAUUUGGACCUCAAGUGAAACGUAGUCCAUGUCACCGACUCUACUUUUGACAGCACUCUAUUUUCUAAUGCCGCAACAUUUUGGAAGCGUCUUUCAAAUGGUUGGAUUUGUUAUAUGUUGGUUAAAAUAUGUUGAAUAAAUUUUUUUCUAGGUUCA